AUGGCGGAGCUGGAGGAGGUGACUCUGGACGGGAAGCCUCUUCAGGCUCUGCGGGUGACCGACCUGAAGGCCGCACUGGAGCAGCGAGGCCUAGCCAAGAGCGGGCAGAAGAGUGCCCUGGUCAAGCGGCUCAAAGGGGCUCUAAUGCUAGAAAAUUUACAGAAACACUCAACACCCCAUGCUGCAUUCCAGCCAAAUUCACAGAUUGGGGAGGAAAUGAGCCAGAACAGUUUCAUAAAGCAGUAUCUGGAGAAGCAGCAGGAGCUCCUGAGGCAGCGGCUAGAACGUGAAGCCCGAGAGGCUGCAGAGCUGGAAGAGGCUUCAGCUGAGUCGGAGGACGAGAUGAUCCAUCCUGAGGGAGUGGCUUCCCUGCUGCCUCCUGACUUUGAGAGCAGCCUGGAGAGACCAGAGCUGGUGGAGCUCAGCAGCCAUUCACCCAGAAAGAGCUCCUCUUUUUCUGAAGAAAAAGGUGAAUCUGAAGAUGAGAAGCCGAGGAAAGGAGAAAGACGAUCAUCCAGGGUUAGACAGGCAAGAGCAGCUAAGCUCUCUGAGUACAGCCAGGCUGCUGAGGAGGAAGAGGAUCAAGAAACACCAUCUAGAAACCUGAGGGUCAGAGUAGAUCGAAAUUUAAAAAUGGAGGAGGAGGAGGAAGAAGAGGAAGAAGAUGAUGAUGAAGAGGAGGAGGAAGAGGUAGAUGAGGGACAGAAAUCUGGAGAGGCAGAGGCACCAAUCCUGAAACAGUUUGAGGAUGAAGAAGGGGAAGAAACACUCAGAGCAAAACCAGAACAGGUGGCAGACGAGAAGCCCCAAAUCAUAACACCCCAGGAAAAGAAUGGGUCAGAGAAAGGAGGACGAGUUACAAGAUCCCAGGAAGAAACUAGAAGAAGUCACCUGGCCAGACAGCAGCAAGAGAAAGACACACAGGUAGUUUCUCUCCUUCAGGAAGCAAAUGAAAUAAAGUCUUCCCAAGGCUUGGAGGAAAGAUCACAGUCUCCUUCCCCACCUCCACUCUCUGAGGACCUAGAGAAGGCCCCUGUUGUGCUACAGCCAGAGCAAGUGGUCAGUGAAGAGGAAACUCCCCCACCUUUACUUACCAAGGAAGCUUCAUCUCCUCCAGCUCAUAUGCAGCUCCAGGGUGAGGAAGACGUAGAGCCAGUGGGAGGCCCAGCACCCCCUGUCCUCAUUCAGUUAUCACCUCGUAAUACAGAGCCUGAAAGUCGGGAGCUGGUGAUGUCUCCACAUCCUGUCCAGUUAGUAAGGGGCCUAUCUCCUUUGUCAAGUACUCCAGACACCAAAGCAGCAUCUCCAGCAGACAGAGUGUCGGAUGAGAGCGCCCUGCCUCUGCCUCAGAAAAGCAUACAGUCUGAAUACUCAGCCCAGAAGGGUCUUGAAACUGAGCCUGAAAAAUCUGCUCACCCCCUCCCUCCAAAGGUAGAGGAAUUAGCACCCACCAAAGGGACCACUGAGGAACUUGUGAAAAAGCAGUCUUUGGAACAGAAGGAGGGCAGAAGAGCUUCCCACACUCUCUUCCCAGAUCAUAGUUUGAAACAGUCAGCUGAUUCUUCCUCUAGCCGGUCCUCCUCACCUUCAUCCUCGAGCUCUAGAUCCAGAUCUCACUCUCCUGACAGUUCAGCCUCCCACCCGCAGUCAUCUCCAAGAUCUAAACAGAAAAAUGCACCCCAAGCACGAGCUCACACCAACCCUCAUGGUAGACCCAAGAUGGGCUCCAGGUCAACAUCAGAAUCCAGGUCACGGUCCCGAUCCCGUUCCCGUUCUGCAUCAAGCAGCAGCAGAAAAUCUCUGAGCCCUGGAGUCUCCAGAGACAGCAACACCAGCUACACUGAAACCAAAGAUCCCUCGUGUGGUCAGGAGGCUGCAGUUUCACCAGGGCCACAGCUGCAGGUCCUUGAGCCAAAGGAGAAGAUGACGCCCACAUCCUCAGCCUCUGUCCGGGGAAGGCAUCUGAGCCAGACUGAGCCAGAGCAGAAGCAUGUGACCCAGAGGUUGCAGCCUGAGCAGGGGAGCCCAAAGAAGUGUGAAGCUGGAGAGGCAGAGCCACCAGCUGCCACACAGCCUCAAACCUCAGAGAUUCAGAUCUCUCACCUCCCAGAAUCAGAACGGAUUCAUCACACUGUUGAAGAGAAGGAGGAAGUGACCAUGGACACAACUGAAAACAGACCUGAAAAUGAGGUUCCAGAGCCUCCUGUGCCUGCUGCGGACCAUGUCAGCAAUGAUGAGCGCCCAGAGGGCAGUGCUGAGGAAGAGGAGAAGAAAGAGAGUUCGAUGCCUAAAUCAUUCAAGAGGAAAAUCUCCGUUGUCUCAGCUACGAAGGGGGUGCAAGCUGGAAACAGCGACACAGAGGGGGGCCAGCCUGGUCGGAAACGACGCUGGGGAGCCAGCACAGCUGCCACACAGAAGAAACCUUCCAUCAGCAUCACCACGGAGUCGCUCAAGAGCCUCAUCCCCGACAUCAAACCCCUGGCGGGGCAGGAGGCUGUUGUGGAUCUUCAUGCUGAUGACUCCCGGAUCUCUGAGGAUGAGACGGAGCGUAAUGGUGAAGAUGGAACCCACGACAAAGGACUGAAAAUAUGCCGGACAGUAACUCAGGUAGUGCCUGCAGAGGGCCAGGAGAAUGGGCAGAGGGAAGAGGAAGAAGAAAAGGAACCUGAAGCAGAGCCCCCUGUCCCUCCCCAGGUGUCAGUAGAGGUGGCCUUGCCCCCACCUGUGGAGCAUGAAGUAAAGAAAGUAACUUUAGGAGAUACCUUAACCCGGAGGUCCAUUAGCCAGCAGAAGUCUGGAGUUUCCAUUACAAUUGAUGACCCAGUCCGGACUGCCCAGGUGCCUUCCCCACCCAGGGGCAAGAUCAGUAACAUUGUCCAUAUCUCCAACUUGGUUCGACCCUUCACUUUAGGCCAACUGAAGGAGUUACUGGGGCGGACAGGAACUUUGGUAGAAGAGGCCUUCUGGAUUGACAAGAUCAAAUCUCAUUGCUUUGUGACGUACUCAACAAUAGAGGAGGCAGUUGCUACCCGUACAGCUCUGCAUGGGGUCAAGUGGCCCCAGUCCAACCCCAAAUUCCUCUGUGCUGACUAUGCUGAACAAGACGAGCUGGACUAUCACCGGGGACUCUUGGUUGAUCGACCUUCUGAAACUAAGGCAGAGGAACAAGGAGCACCAAGGCCCCUACAUCCCCCACCCCCACCCCCAGUUCAGCCACCACCCCACCCCCGGGCAGAGCAAAGGGAGCAGGAACGGGCUGUGCGAGAGCAAUGGGCAGAACGAGAACGAGAAAUGGAACGACGGGAGAGAACUCGGUCUGAGCGAGAAUGGGAUCGGGACAAAGUUCGAGAGGGGCCCCGCUCCCGAUCACGGUCCCGUGACCGCCGCCGCAAAGAGCGUGCAAAAUCUAAAGAAAAGAAGAGUGAGAAGAAAGAAAAGGCUCAGGAGGAGCCGCCUGCCAAGUUGCUGGAUGAUCUUUUUUCGGAAGACCAAGGCGGCUCCCUGCAUCUACUGGCUCCCACUGACUGAGAGCCAGAUUGUUCAGAAGGAGGCAGAGCAGGCUGAACGGGCCAAGGAGCGGGAGAAGCGGCGGAAGGAGCGAGAAGAGGAGGAGCAGAAGGAGCGGGAGAAGGAAGCUGAGCGGGAACGGAACCGACAGCUAGAACGGGAGA